AUGAAGUGUGAGAAACAUUGCGUGUACAAAGUACAGAAAGGAGUUGGGGCAGCACGUCCACAGGUACAGUAAACCAAAAAAGGGAAUUAUUUUAAGAACCAUCCUGACUCUCUCUCCUCUCCCCUAACUACCUCAGCAUAUUGCAUAACUUUUUACAUUUCAAAAAAUAAUACAUAACUGAGUAUACAAAAUAGUAAACCUAUUUCGUCCGAAAGCUAUAAAAUGCAAUGUGUUGGUGCCUGAAAUGUCUCUUGUACGGCCAAUAUAAACGUUUUGUCAUUUUUUACAUCAUCCAAUGCCAUCCUUGUCUGCCAGGAGAACCUUUAAAAGCUGCUUAUAUAUCUUUAAAGAUUAGCAGAGUGCACUUUAUUUCAAGGCCUAUGAUAAUGUGUCCUGCUCAAACAUGUAACUCUCCCCCUUCUAAUAGAAUACUGUUGACAUUUGCUAUGCUUCCCCACCCCUCGCUGUGGGCUUAUUCAACGAAACCUCUGUAAAAUAACUGUAAAUAUAUACAUAUGCUCUGUGCACACAGUUUUGGGUAGUGUUUUAAAGUGAUUUUAUCAUAUAUUUUAAUUUCCUCCUUAUUUGAGACCGUCGUACAGCUCUUGCGCUAGAGUUGCAAAUCUAACAGUUUUUAGUGUAUGUACAAAGAAACUUGCUUCACUCUUGUAUUAAAUGUAAAUUGGCAGCAUGACGGUGUUUCUACUUGCUUCUAAAUAGCUUGUCAAGCAGGAUGUGGUUGGCCUCUUCAACCCAUUGCUUAUUGUUAACUUCAAAGGUGCUUUUCCAGCAGCAGACUGGCUGAACGAAGCCAUAUUUCUGCAGCGAUGGUAAGUUAUACGAAGUUCAUUUUAACUUACGGUAAUGUUUUCCUUUUCCAGCUGUGCCCAUCUGAGAAAAAUGGGAACAUCUCAUCAAAUGAAUUGCCGCCAUGCCCAUAUUAUGGUACCUCUUGGUGCAGAAGGAAUAUCUGCACCAACUUAUCAUCAGCAACGUAUCAAUGAGGCCCAAGAUGAGGCCAGGAUGAUGAAAGAUGAACUGAGAGGACAGGCAUGCAAGCCCAGAGCCACAUUAACAUAGGCAACAGACCUUUAUUACACGGUUGCCUUUUGUGGGUAAAAGUAAUAAUUGCUUCUUUACUGAACCAGAAGCUUCGUGUCACCUGGUAUGCUACUUAGUGACAACCAGGUCUCCCAUAAGGCUGGCUCUGCAUCAUGGGUAAUGUAGCCUACAGUUAGAACGCCCCUGUAUAUUGGUACAGUGUGAGGAAGGGCGGUACUCCAUCCACAAAAAGGAUUGCUGCUAAUAGGGCACGGGUGGUUGUAAUGUACAUAAAAAAAAAAAAGAUAGCCGACAGUGAUACUCAGCAGAGGUCUGUCAGCAGGGCUUCCCUCGGGCCCAGCAAAAUUAAAGAUUUAAUGCAUUACAGACAUAGGUACCUCCCAAGUAGAGACAAUGGGUGAAAAAAUAAGAAGACUCAUGCCCUGGCAGCACCUCGCCAGCCAGAUAUAAGGCUUUCUUUUGAGAGGCCUGAGCUACCACAGAGACCAAAGGUGCAUGGGGCCCACUGUGCACAAGAGGCAUCUGAAGCCUUAACAGAGGAGGAAGAAUCCUUCCCUCUCCCCGAUCAGAUGCCUCAUCCCUCUCAUCAUGGACCGAGGAAGAUGAGUCACCCUCAACAAAGGGAGAGAUAAAGUGGACCCUGGUAGACUUAUGGAAGGAGGACCUCCAGAAAGUCCAGACUGAAGUGGAAGUGGUCCACCAGAAGGUCCAAGACCUAGAGGUACGAGUGGCCUCGAGACAAAAAACUACAAGCCACAGACAAUAG